AUGAUAUCUCCCGAGCCAAUACCCAUCACCGCGAGGAUAGCAAUCAUAGUAACAAUGUGGCUCAUACCUGAGUCGCUGGCCCUCGUCGUGCUCCUUGGCUUGACGACGACACUCCUGGUGCAGCAGGCCGUUGCCCGGUCCUCCAUCCCUCUAGUGAACCCGCGCAAACCGUUCGAGCUGGGAUACGCCAAGGCACGACAGCGAUGCCUGGCGAAUAUGUCGGGCUUUAUCCAGCAGGGCCUGGAGAAGGCAAGUGUGCUGACUAGUCUUUGUUCGCCGCCAGAGAACGUGUCGAGGAACUAA